AAUGACGCUCCCGUAUGUGCCGAACGUGCGGAACUAGAAGCCGUUAUCCGUGAGGGAGAGCAGUAUUUGGCCUUCCUCCAGCAACGCAUAUCACAAACCCAGAAUACCCUCGACUCACUCUUGAAAGAGCAGAACCGAGCAGUCAAGCACAUCGCUGACUCGAAAUUGGUCUUGAAUCCCGUCCAUCGUUUACCUCCCGACAUUUUGAGCCACAUCUUUCUUUUAUGUAUCUUUCCGGACAGCGAGCCGUUACACAUCACGAAUUCUCCGUGGAACUUAUCCUAUGUCUCAUCUCGAUGGCGACAAGUUGCUUUAACCACACCUAGUCUCUGGUCAUUCAUCGGGCUCCAACUU